AUGGCUAAUGAACAAAUUACUAUUAGUAGCACUUAUACGAAAAUUGAUAACUUAACUCUACCAAAUGACGUGCCAUUUAAUAUUACCUGUAGUAAAGCCUUAAACAGCGGGUCAGUAUUACCAUGCAAAGAACAUAUCAAUGCAACAAUGAUUUUUGACAAUUCGUCGCGUCCUUAUUUUGGAGCGUUUUGGAAUUCUAUAAAUAAGAAACAAUUAAGUUUAUCUGAAUCUGUUGAUGGAAUAGGCCAUAUAAAUUUAUACAUAACGUUUAGUGCAUUAACAAGAGGCACACUCCUAAUGCAACUAUAUGAUCCAGAUUAUGACAUACUUGAUCCCAAAUUUGAUGAAAAUGAUCUAUUUAGCCGUUCACUAAACUAUGAUAAUAAUUACUAUCUAUCACUAGGAUUUAAUUAUGAGUUGACUUUUACAAGAAAUGUCCGACAUUCAAUAUCUAAUAAAGCAACGAAUUAUAUUGGCAUACAGCAAACUUACAUUGACAAAAAGUUUAUUCGUUCGACAAUUCAAAUGUACCUUUUUAACUACACCCCUACGCCUAAUGCUAUUCAAGUUGAAAUUUCUUCAGGACCUUUUCAGAUGGAAGAACAGGUUUUAAGCAUUCUUGCAAAUAUUUUGGCUUAUUACGGAUUUGCUUCAGCUCUUUAUAUAGUAUUAUUUGGAGUUGAAAAAAUCAGUCCAUGGGGGAUUGUACAUAAAGGAUUCUGCUGCUUCUUCAGAAAUAUUAAAAAGAAGACUGAAGUGGAAAUUAAAAAGAAAAUCUCUGAUGAUACUGAUGAUAAAACCUAUGAAGUAAAAUCUGAGAAGGAAGAUCCGAAAAUGAUUAGUUAUCUCGAGAAGUGUGUUAUUGAUUUUUCCUUAGCAGAUUGA